UUUCACUUCUAGUAAGACUCUUAGUUUAUAAAGACCUGGGGCCUCCACCAACCUGACGACAGACUACUCAGCACGACCAGAACCAACAGCUAGAUGGGUGGAUGAAUUCCCAGACACCCCUUAGGGAAAAGAAAGUCUAGAAAAUGACUGCGGUGACAGGAUUUUCUGUGGUGAUUGCUACUCAGAACAUGACCAAUCACAGCCAAGCACCUGAAGAGUGUUCCCGAAACAAUGUGUUGAAGACAGUGAUAUUCCCAGUGCUUUACUCAGUGCUCUUCCUCCUGGGGAUGUCACUCAACAGCCUGGCAAUGUGGGUCUUCUUCAACACCCCCAGCAAGUCCCACUUCAUUAUCUACCUGAAGAACAUUGUGGUGGCUGAUGUACUAAUGACUCUGACCUUCCCCUUCAAGAUCAUGUCUGACUCCAACCUGGCAUCCACGGAAUUGCGUGUUUUUGUCUGCCGGUUCUCCUCCGUGGUCUUCUACCUCACCAUGUACAUCAGCAUCCUCUUCUUCGGUCUCAUCAGCAUCGACCGCUGCCGCAAGACCCUCCGGCCGUUUGCUGGCACGGACCACACCGGCCUGGCCCGGCGCAAGCUCCUCUCUGGGGCCAUCUGGUGCUUCCUGUUCACCCUUGGCCUCCCCAACAUGAUCUUGACCAACCAGACCCCGCCCUCUCCCCACUUCAAGUGCAGUGACCUGAAGAGUGACCUGGGGCUCAGAUGGCACGAGGUCGUCAAUCAUGUGUGUCAGAUCAUCUUCUGGGGCAACCUGGCCACUGUGGUGCUGUGCUACAUCCUCAUCACCAAGGAGCUGUACAGCUCCUACGCCCGCACCCAGACCAGCCAAAGUGGCGGAGUGGGGCCGGGGGCGGGGCCAAGGAAGAGCAGGGUGAGGGGGAACGUCUUCCUGGUGCUGGCCGUUUUCUUUGUCUGCUUCGUGCCCUUCCACUUUGCCCGUGUGCCCUACACCAUAAGCCAAACGCGGGGCACGUUUGAUUGCGCCCUCAAGCUGUUCCUCUUCCAGCUAAAGGAGAGCACGCUCUGGCUGUCCGCCCUCAACGCCGUCCUGGACCCGCUCAUCUACUUCUUCCUCUGCAAGUCCUUCAGGACGUCCCUCUUCAGUACCCUGCGGCUGUACUCCAGGCUACGCCGGACUCUGCGAAGGUCGCCCGCUGAUCCCAACACUGGAAGCACCCCCCUGGGAAACUCCUCUUCCUCAUAGGAGGCCGGAGCGUGGGGUCACUCAGAGCCUCACUGGACUCUCUUCCGGCCCACACGUAACUGAAAGUGACCUCAAAUGCUCUGAGCGUUAAAAAGAGCAUUUCUUCCCUGUCAGUAGUAGCAGAGGAGCAGCUUGUUGAGGUGUGUUUCUAGCACCAUCUGAGUGCUGUUAUGACAUAGCCUAUGUGAAACAGAGCAGAACACAAUUUGCCAUAUUACUAUGUCUAUAGUGAGACAGGUUGUCUGAUCUGACACGUGUUCUACAACAUGAAAUUUGUAUCACCUUAAGACAAUGCAACCAUAACACUUUCUGUAAAAGCUGGAGAGGUAAUUAAUUGAGUCAUGUAUAUAUUUGGAAAUGACUGGACACUCAGUCCUACAAAGACCUACGUAGCAUCUAAAUUUGUUCCCCCAUGCAGUUGAUUUUUUACUAGUCAAUACAAUAUCACAUGGUAAAAUGAAAAAUGGGAUCCCUAUCAGUAUUCAACAGGUGUGUACCAUAAAUGAAAGCAUUUCUAGGACAAAAGAAGAUAUGCAUUCAUAUCUUAAAGAGACCAAAAUUAUUCAGAUUAUUUCUUCAUUAUCCAGCAUAUCCAGAAAUUGUGUUGUUUGCUUUAAUGGCAGGAUCAAAAAUAGCUAUAUUUAAUUCAUUUAAAAUGGAUUUAAUGUUUUGCACAGCCUGAUUUCCUCAAUCUUUCCUCAACCACUGUUUUCUCAUUAUGUUUUUCUCAAAAUGGCUUCCAUCCGUGUGCUUGUAAUUGAAUUUUCUCUUUUUUCCGAAGUGCUUCUCACAGCCUGCCUCCACCUCCAGUUCCCAAAUGAACACCUCCAGCAUCUUCACAGCUGUGAUGCACACUGUUUAAGUUCAAUCUCAAUUACCAUCCCACUGCAAUUAUAUAUUACUUACAAGUACUUAACCAUCUCUCAUUAAUGCUUGUGACCGCUGAAACCACUACUGAUUUUUAUUUCACUUAGCGUCCUCACUGUCUGGACCCAUUGUGGUAAUCAGAACACUUACUAUGAUUACACUGUGAGUAACAAGUCUUAAAUGAUACGAUUCUUUAAACACUUUGGCCAUCCAUUGUUCUAAUCUAAAUUGUUGAGAAAACUCAGAUGAAUUGAGGAUUAAUAAAUGAUUUGUUGACUGACUAAACAAUGAA